CUAUUGUUCUUGCCAGGCAGGAGUAGUUGUUUUGGCAAAGAAAAAGCCUCUGCAGACUUUGAUUGUGUUGUGUUUUGCUCAUGUCUGGACCUAAUCACUUGACUUCUACCAGAUGAUUUCUAAUAAACAUUAACCUGUGCAUUCCCCCCUUCCUCCCGCCCUCCUCCUCCUCUCUCCUGCUAUAUGUGGAGAUUUUAGAGAAGGGCUGUAAUGAGAGUGCGCCUGAAGUUAAAGAGGCAGCGAUAUUAGGGAGUAGCACCGCGGCACUUUUCAAAGCAUUUUCUCGGCGAUAUUUGAAAAACGGAGUCGUGCGGUGAACUCCUGCGUGUCCCUUUUAAAACAAACCCUGCGCCUGUCAAUCACCGCACAUUCCAACCAAUCCCAAAGCUCCCUUUUUAAAAGCAGGUUUGCCUGCUGUGCUUUUAUAUUGCACCAUGGCCUGUUUCGAAGCAUUUUUUACUACCACGGUUAUUGCCACAAAUCAAGAGGGCAAAGUGAACCGGCAUGGGACUCACACCAACUCUAACGAAACUGAGUCUGGUUGCAGCUUCCGCGAUGUUCACGGCCAAGAAUUUCACAUGCAGAUGAUAUACAGCAAGGGGAGAGAAAAAAAACCAGCAACAUGGGAGCAGAGUUUCUAGGUGCAUCCUGACUGCUUGCACUGGUUGAUUUCUGCAAACUCACAGGCAAACUCACAACAAAACAUGACAAGCCUUUCGAGGUUUAGUGGCUGCCCUCUCUCUUGCGUCAACCCCGGGGAGAGCAAUACUGAACCCAGCGUGGUGCUGCCACCUUUGGCAGGGGAGCACAUGGGACACCCCACUGGCAGUUCCUUAAAACUCUGCCCCUCGCACAAUUUGCGAGACUACCCCGAGACGAGGUCCAGUGCAUAUGUUGACCACUCGAUUCCCAGUUUUUCAGACUCUGGAUAUCCCAGUCACCGGUUAGAGCACAGCCCUAGGGGCAUUAUCAUUGGAGCAAAUCUCUCUGGAGCCGGCAUGCCACCCGUCACUGAUCAACUGGCACCAAGACCCAACCAACAUGGCGGGAUGGGAAGGUACCGGGACUUUUCUGGCUGCAGGGACAACAGGAGCCACGCUUUUUUUGCCAGCUACCAGGAGCAGGCCCACGCCUCCACGGACGCGUCCCGCGACCUCGGCAGUCAGAUGAUGCUGGGUCUACCUGGCGACCUCCUCACCCGGACUCACUCCUACGGCCAGACCAUCAGCCCCAAGGGAAACAGCCAGCAGAUUGUCACCCAGUUCCUGGGUCUCUACAAGCCCCUGAACAUGGCGAUCCAGCGUGGGGGAGCCGAUGCCUUCCUCAGGUGCUCCAAGCAGACGGUGAAGCAUGAGCUGGUGUGCAAGUGGAGUGACGGCAAAGAGGCUGGAGCGGGAAAGCUGCCCUGCUCCAGAGCCUUCGGGACCAUGUAUGAACUUGUCACCCAUGUGACAGUGGAGCACGUCGGAGGACCCGAGCACUCUGAAUAUAUUUGUCAUUGGGAGAACUGUGCGAGGGACAGGAAGCCUUUCAAAGCCAAAUACAAGCUGGUGAAUCACGUCAGGGUCCACACUGGGGAGAAGCCCUUUCCCUGUCCAUUUCACGGCUGUGAGAAAGUUUUUGCUAGAUCAGAGAAUCUAAAGAUCCACAAGAGGACUCACACAGGUGAAAAACCGUUUAAAUGCGAGUUUGAGGGCUGCAACCGGAGAUUCGCGAACAGCAGCGACAGAAAGAAGCACUCCCACGUCCACUCCAGUGAUAAACCCUACAUGUGCAAGGUCAGGGGCUGUGACAAGUGCUACACCCACCCGAGCUCUCUGCGGAAGCACAUGAAGCUUCACUGCACCAAGGAGCACGUCGCCAAAGGCGGCGACGCGCCUCCCGGUGACGGGGGUCAUGCUGCGGAGGGCAGGCCGGCCCGAGCGUCGGACAUUGGGCAGAUCAGCCCCCCUCAAGCCCCCACCUCCACUCAGGAUGUCCCCCUGUCCCCUGAGAGCCGGGACGAGUCGAUCCCGAGGUCACGCUUCCAUCACGCGUUUGACAGCAGUUUGGACUACUCGGCGCACAGGUCGCAGCCCCUCUUGGACCCUUUAUUGCUGCAGAGGGGCAGCUACAGGUCCCAGUCUUCCCAGUACCCCUGCGGCCAGACUGGUCACGCUUUUGCCCAGACCUCACGGACUUUCUCUUCGGCUUCUCCCUUUCAGAAGAGCAUCGUGAACGGAUGGUACACAUGCCACAGUGGCGUGGACACAUUCCCACCAAAGCAGUGCAGCAACAUCCCCUCCCUCUGAGGGCCUGGACGCAAACUGUGGGCCUCUGUUUCAAUGUUGUAGCCUAAAACCCAAACAGCUGUUUCUCUUUUACUCUGUGUACUUCUGUGAAAACUGUAUGAAAUAGUUUCUGAAAAGUCCUUUUGAAUUUUGCAUUGCGAAAUAUGGCCCAGUUGUUGUCGUUCUUAUUGUUCUCCGCUCGCCCUUACAUCUCCACAGUGUGCUUUAGGAGCGCAUACACGUUGCAUAACUUAAAUAAAAAUGUCGGUCCGUCUUAAAAAUGAAAAGAAAAUGAUUGUUUUUUUAAUGUAAGUUUUUUAUAUAUAUAAUUAUCAGCGCAUUACGCAUUCUGAACCUAAAAUCUCUUACAGGAAAGUUAAAAAAUAAAUCUGAAUGUAGCCCUCACAGCAGGGGUCUUUGUUGAAUGUAAACUAGGUUUAAUGUAUGUCGGGAUGAAUAGAAAUAUUAUUCAUGACUUUAUGUAUAUCGCAGGUUGAAUCAUUAUCUGGAUGAUCUUUACUUAGGUUAAAUUUUGAGAUCUAACAGGCCUGCUUGGUGGGCCUGCAGCAUGAUUUGACUUUAAUUAAAAUACCGGCAGGCUCAUUAUUUUUUCCUUUCCCUUACCCUUGAUUAUGUUCAACAUUCUCGCUCCUUUUUCCCAUGAAACAUUCGUGCUCUGUAAUAUGUUUAUUUCACAUUUCUGUGCAAAGUGAGUAAAACCACAGUGUUCGUGUUAAUGGGGAAAAAAAAACGUUUCAUUAGAAUACAUUCCUGCUGUACAUAGGCAUACUGUAUAAUUAAUUAUGUAUCUUAUAUUUUAUUAAAGUGUCUAUAUUCUCUUUGAUCAGAUAUGUGUGAUAUACCCUCAUCAAAUAAUUUUCAACAAAGAUGCAAACUUUUCUCUGGGUACAAAUUAUCCAUGUCCUGUGUGAAGAUUUGGAAUUCAGUGUGAAGCCCUCCUACAGUUCUUAAUAUACAUAUGGAAGAAAAAUUUAUCAGAGUUAAAUGAGACUGAUAAAUGCAUCUGUGAGGGCUGCCCUUUAUAUAUAUAUAUAUAUAUAUAUAUAUAUAUAUAUAUAAACCAAGCAGUUUGUACUCCUUUAUUUUAUUAUGUCUGUUUGCCUUGUUCAGUUCCCUGACAUGACAUUUGACGUAAAUUGGUGCUAUACAAAUAAACUGAAUUGGAUUUAAUUUAAUAUACACAAUUACAUUAUCUUGUACUAUGAUAGCAUCCUGGUAACAGCUUGCCUUAAUGUUCAUAUAUCUGUUAUAUAAUUGAUCAAAACUACUGGUUUCAUGUUGUGUUUUCUAAUUUUUCAACCCAUCUCAACAUUCAUUGAAGGCAAAUAUAACUCAUGUUGGAAAAGUCUUGGUUAAAGAAACAGCUUUUGAACAAAGAUGUUGGUUUUGCUUUGUUAGAUUUUUUUUUCUGCUUAAUGGUGAAAUAAUUGCCUCCAGUACAGUUUCACUGACACAUUUGUUCACGUUCCUUAGUUUUUGUACCUUCUGGAAUGCAAAUGUCAACAAACAGCUCAUUAUUUCGCAGGAAUGAGCCGAACAGAUCUCUCUUUUCGACGCCUGUCUUUUCUUUUUUGUCUUCAGACUUUGAGUUCACUUUUGCAAUCUAGUCUUGGUGCAAAGGCUGAACUUAUCUUCAACGAGUUAUUGUUCCCGGUUCACACUCCCUGAUUCAUGUGUUAUAAAACACAUCUUUGUCUAAAGAUGUCAAAAGGAGUGCAGUUGAAAGCCAAGAGGCAAGCUGAAAGUACAGUAUGGGACGUCUUGAUGAUGGAUGAAAAGACAUAAAAAUAAAUCUUUCACUCUAAAAAUGAUUUCUGACCAUUUUCCAUGCAUGUUAUCCAUAUUUUUGGUAGUACACAACUUAAAUUCAAACUUGUAGACAUAAAUUAGGUCAUGUUGAGUCAUUUGACAUUUGCUGGAGGAUCAUAUUGGCAGGACAUGAUGGUCUCAGUGAUCUUUCAGCUAACUAACAUCAAAGUUUUUUCUGUUCAUCAAGAUUUUCAUUAGAUAUUUGGAUGAUCAUGAAAACGAGUGUUCUUACUGGUACAAGGCUGCAUUUUUGACUCUCUAGUGAUUUCAUUCUGCAUACUACUGUAUUUCAAGGUCAGAACAAAAGCAUUUCAAGAAAUGCAUAAUUUUUGCCACAAUAUAAAGAAUGAAAAAAUAAAUAGUGGAUUAUCUGUUUCAUGUCUUAGUAAAAAGCUGAAAAAUGUAUGUUUACUGUAAAUGUGUACAGUAUUUGCAGAUGUCUUCAGAUGCAAUCUGUGAUUAACUUGUUUAUGUAUUCUGUGUUGUGUGUAUGUUACCCAUGAGGAUGCAUCAUUUGGGAGAUUUAGAUAUUUUUGAACGUGCAUUUUGCAAAUCCCUCAACAUCCCUCAACAGUUUCAAUUUCUGUAUGACACCAAGCAGUUUGCACUGCUUUAUUUUACUUUUUCGUAAUUAGCAGUGACUUAGCAUUGCUGUUUGAGAGCUACUUAAUGUGAUGAAAUAUUAAUAUUAAUGUAGCUGAAUAUUUUCUAAGUCUUAAAGGAUCAUCUCAAGUGCUUGGUUUGAAAUAUUUAAAUGGAGAGGUCUUUCUGUCUUUAAGCAAAGUGGGCCAAACUUUUCCAGCUUUGAUCCAUUUGCUUUAAUGGACAGAUUACUAGAAUUUGUGCGAUAAACUUUCUAAAGAACGCAACCACAGUGAGAGUUGCAUCAAAUGCUGUAGGUGUUAAGAUAAAGCGAGGAGUUUUAAAGCGAUGUUGAGAUUUUUAAAUCUUACCUCUCAUCUGCUAUGCCCUUCCCUUUCCUUCUGUAAUUCUACAAAUAAUCCAAGUGUUCACAGAAAUAUUUAAGUCAAAAGAUGUAUUUGUUAGAACAAUAUGUUCUAGCGGGGUACGAGGACGCCGCCGCCGCCGCCGCCGCAGUGUCAAGCGUAAAUGUCUAGCGCAGUACUUAACCGCUGUGCUGUACAUUCAGACCAAGCUGUGGUAAUAUUCCAUAAACACUGAACCCCACCACACCCUUCCCCCCAGUAAUCAUCACUGAUUAGACCCUGCACUCCCCAGUUUGCCACUUGCCCGCCGCCAUCUUUAUUUUUGUGCUCUGCCUAGCAACAAGAGCAGGCGCCAUUUUGGAUGGGGUAUACAUCAGGUUGAUAUAAAUAAAUCUUUUUUUUUUUUCACUUUGGCAUUCACUGAAUUGUGACAGGGUAAGCCUCCCACUCCUCCCGCGUUGCUUUUGGGUUGAACAUGAUGAGGAAUCCAGCUGUGGACCAGAGGGUGGGCUGCUUUGUCACACCAGGUUUUUUGCUUUUAUGCAUCAUCAUAACCAAAUAUGACAUCUUGCGUAAUUUACACCGUGCAUCUGCCAUACCUUUCCAGUGGCUGUCCGGCAGCUGGCAGCGGCUGGAACGGCUGUGUCAGCACCGACACUGACUGACCGAGUGGGGUUUUAAUUGGAUCUCUGGCUUUUUCCUGAACCUCCUCGGGUCGAGUCAGAGGUGAUUUUGCUUCUCUACUUGCUUUCUUUUUAUCAAUAUCCCCUCACCCUCCUUUUUUAUACCAGAUUCUCUUUUUCUUUCUUCUCGUCAACCUUUAUCCGUGCAGCUCCUGGCUAUCUUCACCCUCUGUGGCUCCUUCAUGAUGGCCCUCUAAUCUCUGCCAGUGUGGCUCCGCAGUAGGUACUGUUGAUACACAGUUCUUCAUUCUGGCCCCGACAAGCAUUCGUGCGGACUCAUGUAAUAUGGAUCUGCAAUGUGUUCACACCCUGAUUAAGAAGUAAAAUUCGUGGUAAAUGUUUUUUUUUUCAACCUCUAUUUUUACAAAUACCCUGAAGCAGUCUGUUAGUAAAAUACAUCUUAAUUUUGUAAAAUUUGCUCAGUCCUUUCUCCAAAUCUUUCAGAUUGAGUGGACAUUAAUUGUUCGCAUCCCUCCAGGAGACCCCAAAGGUUAAAAUUAGGAUCUGACCUCUUAGGUAGUCAUUCCUCAGUUUGUUUUGUUUCUGGUUAAGCAAUUAUUUUGUUGAUUUGGAUUCAUCCUUAGAUUUGUUGUGAUCCUGAUCUUCAGCUUUAAAUCGAACAUACAGAAUUUUGAAAAAAAAAAAAAAAAAAAAGACCAAUAUUUGAAAAAGCUCUAAAUCUCACCCUCCUAGAAAAAACACUUCGGUACAAAAGAAGAAACAUCACAAUAGAGAACGAUAUUGCCACCUUAGUGUUUCAACCCAAAAAAGUACCAAAAAGGAGCCAAAAGUCCACAAAUUCAGAUCACAACUCACUUUCAUAAAAUGUUUUGCUGAAUAUUAGUCAGAUCUGGAUAAAAAUCAGGAAAGAUCUCUUUCUGUUCCUUAUUGUCCACAUACAGAGUAGAACAUUAUCAUAAAUAAAACACAAGCAAUACUUUGUAAAUGUUUUGCAGAUCCUUCAGUUUUGUCUUUUUAUCAACUUUGGGGAAAAGUCCAGUUUUUAUGAUUCUCAUUUGUUAAUAUACAGUUAGGUCCAAGUUGACCAUAACCCUGGCAAAGUUAGAUUUAAAAAUUAUUUUAAUAGAAAACAAAGAUGUUUCUGUUUCAAAACGAGACAGGCACCUUCAACAAGCUACUACAACAAUAUAAAAUAAUGAAAGAACAUUUAGUUUUACUUAUAUUUUAGAAAACAAAUUGUUAGCCAGCAAUUAGUUACCUUUCUUAAUAACCAAUUGAACAAAUGAUUUACUGUAACAACUAUAAACCUUUUCUACUAGUGUUUUGAUCAUUUAUCUGUGUUGACAAUCUUCAGAUCUCUGAGGUUAAAAGACCUCUUCACCAUCACCCUAAUCUUUAAUAUAGGUUCCAAUAAGAAGAGAAAGAAUAACUUUGGCCCUAUUAUCGGCAUUUUAUAGGAGAGUUGACCCUUUCAAACCUUUGAAGACUGUAGCAACUUAUGAGUCUGGUAAGGGAUUUAACGAGGUCUCAAAGAUACAAGACAUCAAGUAUAAGUCAUGGAGGUAAUCUGAAACAGGUGUCCAUAUUCCCAGGUCUGGCUGUCCAUCAAAGGUCAGAUUGAACUGCAAGAUGCUAAAAGAAGUCUCCAAAACAUCUAAAAUGUCAAUGCAGAACCUGCAGCAGACCUUGGCCAGCUCACUAUCUGAAACCACUGAAUUUUUCUGUGUAUCAGAGAAAAACAUGAGACUAUGAGUAAAACAUUAAAGCAGAAGCAGAACUUUGCCCUUCAACAUGACAAUGACCCAAAACAAACCAGAAAAUUACUGGGUGACUACUUUAUAUUAAUGCUUACUGUCUGUUUGCUGAGAGCAUGUGAAAGUAUCAUAUAUUCUUUGCUUGUACUCAUAAUCUUUGCCAAUAAGUUGAUUCAGAUUCUGAAAAUUAAGUCAAAGUCAAAACCCUGAUCUUGACCCCAUUGAAGUCAAGAUGGGGAGGUGGGCUGUGAGGUGACUGAAAAUGGAUUAAACACACAGGAAAGGGGGUCAGUAGCAGUUCUACAUCAAAUUUAUUGGAGGGUGAAAGAGUUGCAGUUCUUUUUCAUUUAGGUUCAGAGCAAAUGGAUGGAACAAAAAAGAAACAUGUCAAUAUUUCAAAGUUUAAUAUGUUAAAUUAGCCAAAGAAUCCAGAUAAUACAAGUUCUGGAGCUGCAGUUUAGAGAACACUGAUCUACAAGAUGAAAACUGUUAGCAUGUCUCAUUGAAGCUAAAUGUACAACACCUGAAUUUUUAAUGCCUUGUUAAAGUAGAACUGUGAAGCUAAAGAAUUAAAUUGGUCCUGGCAACCAAUUAUUUAUGCUUUAUUUGUCAGUGCCUAUAAUAAGAAAUUAUUAUCUCUUCAGUACAGAGGCCAGGACCAGUUCUGCAGGGCACUGGCCCCUGUUAGCCCCUGCCUAGAACCGCCCAUGCUCCUGCUAAGCUUCAUUUUAGAUAAACCAGAUUCACUGUAAUUUAUGCCAGCCGUGAAUUUAAAAAGGCCGAAGUUAAUCAGAAAGGGGCUUCGAGAAAAGGGUGUGCAUGCCUCUGCAACCAGGUUAUUGUACCUUUAUUUAUCUAUAUUACUUUAUAUCUUAUAUUAAUAUAAUCUACUUUAAUAUUUUCUCAGAUAUGUUUUUUGUCAGUUGAAUUAUGCAGGAUUUGUGUCCCAGUAAAGUGCAAGAAUUGGCUUUAAUUUUUACGUUGUAAAAGCUUGACAUUUUAACAGGGGUGUGAACGAUAUUUACAGGCGCUGCGUUCGCUUCUUCGCUCUCUGUGGAGAAUUUCAACGCCACAUGGAUGCGGCUGUUCAGGGCUUUGGCAUUUAGACAUCAAUGUGGCAUGAGGCCAAUUAUAACAUUUCAUAAACUCCGAUUCCAAACCGUAAGACAAACAAAUGUACAACACAACUACACACAAAAGAGCAGCUCAUACCUACAGUAUUUUCCUAUCUGAGAUAAGGUGAUAUGUUUCAUGUCGAAAUCGUUGUUUAUUUGCUGGCACGAGUACUAAUAAGCUUAUAAAACACACAUUAGUCGCGAGGCUCUUAUGCUAGACAAUGCCAUCAUUACAGUCCUAUGUCCAUGUUUGGAGAAUUUAAGUCCCACUUCGAUGCUCUUGUGAUUUAAGCAGUCCUUUAAAUUUCUCUGGUGUUCAUCUGCACAGCGGUUUUCUGAUUUCUGUGGUGCCAACCCCCCGUGUAGACCAGCCUACACCAGGGCUUAUUAAACUAGGCUCCUUUUUACUCUUCUCAAUGGUUGCUGCUAUGUCAACUUAAGCCCAAGCCUCCCCAAAAAAAAAUGCUCAGCUCUCUGACUAUUGUUACAGAAUAUUUCAAAAAAUUGGUGCAACUGACUGAGGUAUUGCUGAAUAGCCAACAUACAGCAAGACGGAAAGAAAAGCCCUGCCUAUCCUCAUGCCUAAUGCAUGCUUGUCUUUUGAUGCUUUGCAAUUUACCCCGUGGCUGGUUCUUAAAAAGAAAUCUUUCUUUUCUUUUGUCAUUUAUUAUCCAUGCCUUACAUAACAUAGAUUUCAACCGUUUGAGAUGAGACAGUUUUUAAAUACCUUCAUGGCGCCUUUUUAGCUGGUUAGCUCAGGAGGUUGCUAUAUGAUUCAAAAUGUUUACCAUGAUCAAACAGACCACAACAAACAGACAGGAAAAGUUGUGUUAUGUUGUACUUAUAUUUCAGCAUUUAAUGUGACUAUGUGUAAUGUGCAAGCUAAAUAAAUAAUACAUAGAAAUCAUA